AUCAUUAGUAUUUCUUAGAAUAACAAGCACCGCGGUCGUCAAACUCACGGAUUAUACGGGUCGUGCCUACUGAUAUGCCGCCCCAAGUAGACCCAAUUCCCAGCGGGGUCGUGUUCGAGUCCGACACGCAGACCGCUGACUUGGGCUUGGACAAAGAUGUUUCCGUGUUAAAGAAGGCGACGCCGAAAAAGCACGAGUAUAUGUGGGGCAACAUCAUUUGGUUCCUGUAUCUACACAUCGCGUCUCUGUACGGAUUGUAUCUGGUGUUCACGUCCGCGAAAUGGCAGACCAAUGUCUUUGCAUUCGCAGUCCACCUAAUGUGCGCCAUCGGCAUUGGUGCUGGAUCCCAUCGCCUUUGGACACACCGCAGCUUCAAAGCUAAAACCCCUCUUCGGAUCGUUCUGAUGCUGUGGCAGACCAUGGGAUUCCAGGACUGUAUCUUCGAAUGGGCGCGCGACCACCGCACGCACCACAAGUACGCGGAUACGGACGCCGACCCGCACAAUGCCGAGCGCGGCCUCUUCUUCUCCCACAUGGGCUGGCUCUGCGUCAAGAAGAGUCCUGAGGUCAUCGAGGGAGGCAAGCGCAUCGACCUUACUGACCUUUACGCGGAUCCUGUUGUCAUGUGGCAGAAAAGACAUUACAUGAAGCUGAUGCCGCUGCUCUGCUUCGUGCUGCCCACAGUCAUCCCCGUGUACUGCUGGAACGAGACGUGGCUGAAUGCCUUCCUGAUCCCCACCAUUCUGCGAUACACUUGCGGCAUCAAUGUCGUGUGGAGCGUCAACAGCUUCGCUCACGUCUUUGGCUACAGACCUUAUGACAAAUCACUGAACCCGCGUGAAAACCUAGCCGUAUGGAUGGUGUGCGUUGAAGGCUUCCACAACUACCACCACACCUUCCCGUGGGACUACCGCGCGACGGAGCUGCCUCUCUACAACAUGCUCACUCCCACCAUCGUGUUCAUUGAGGCUAUGGCUAAGAUUGGGCAAGCAUACGACCUGAAGAGUGUCACCCCAGAGAUAAUAAAACAACGAUCGCAACGUACCGGAGACGGCAGUCACCAUCUCUGGGGUUGGGACGACCCUGAAUUCACGGAGAAGCUGAAGGAAAAGCUUGGCGCCGUCAGCAACACGGAGAGAGGAGAGAAAGUUAAAUGUGGUUAAAACUCGUUACGACUGGGACAUUAAUUCCAAAAAUUCAAUAUUUUAUAGAUAUGAAAGACAAAUUUGGAAUGUAGUGUCCCAAUUAUGACUCCAACUUGGUGUUCAAAUUAUUAAGCGUAUAUGUUUUGUUUACAAAACUUUUUCCAACUCUAAUAUUUGAUCUCAUCAAUCAUCAUAUACUUAUAGUAUAGCAUAUUACGAUUUAUAAAAGUUUAGUUAAGAGUUUUUUAUUUUUAUUUGAAGCUUAAGUUGGAGUUUUAAGGCUAAGUACUUAGUUUGUAUCCUAAUAUAAAUUAUUCUAUUGGUUAUAUUAUGCUAAAUUUGAACAUUAAAAUUGUAAUCUUUAUCUUUAUAUGAAAGUAAAGACUA